ACUCUUCGGCUCAUCACAGACCACUCAUCAUAUCAGCAAUUAACAGAAACAUGUUUCCUCUUGUCCUAAAAGGUUAAAGUAGCUUUUGAUAAAAUGUCAGAUGUGACUUUGUUAUUUUAAUUUAAUGCAGCUGCUUGUAUUGUAUCACAAACGGUUUGUUUUUCUUGGAUGCAUUCCUGAAGGAAGGCUUAAGAGGGAUAAAUAUCUGUUUUUUUAUCUUGUUGGCAACAUACAAAAAGUCCUCAAGUUAAAAUUGUCUUUCACUCAAGAUCAAAAUUAAACAUGUAGCUGGACGUCACCAUGGAGAUAAACAGGAUUAGGAAGGAAAGGAGAAGAAGGACUUAUUUACUUCAUGAUGGAAAAGGAUGAUUAGCAGAAAAUCACAAAAAUCUCUCAUUUUAAAGCGAUGAAGUUUUUGCAAGAAUAACCAACAUUUACUCUCUCUAUAGGGCUGUAUGGAGCUAAAUUAGAAUCAUAAAGUUUGAAACUGAAAAAAUAGUUAAAAACUGCAUUUUCAAAUUCAGUGGGUUUUUUUCAGGUUAAAUUUUUCAUUUCAGUUUCAAAAUAAUUUUUCAGUUUAAAUUUUAUUUUCAGUUUCAACUUUUUUAAAACAAACUUGACUGUAUGGGGCUAAAUCAGGGCAAUAAAAUGAAAUCAAAAAUAAUUUUGAAACUGAAUAUAAAAAUGGAAACUGAAAAAAGCUUAAAAACCAAUUUUCAGGUUCAGGGUUCUCUCAGUCUAAGAAAUUAUAUUUCCAUUUCAAAAUUAUUUUUCAGUUUACAUUUAUUUUUUCCAGUUUCAAUUUAUUUUCUUUUUUAAAAAUAAACUUAAUGGCCCUAAUUUAGCUCCGUAUGGCCUUUUUUAAAAAUUGUGCAUACAUGUUUCCCUUUCCUUUUAAAAUUUUUUGUUUUUUAUUUUGUGUUGUAAAAGAAAAAAAUUGACAUUCAAGAACCUAUUUAGAUUAACCAAAACAGAGGGAUAUGAUCAAUGUGUUUAUAAAUGUCAAAAAGUGAAUACAAUUUUAAAAAGCAGAGAAAAGAUAACUUUUAAAUCUGGUUUCUGUGUUGAUGUCAUUUAUCCACUGAAAUAAAUAGAAAAAUGAUUAUCGGAUAAAGUUAAAUAACUUUGAAAAUAUCUUUUAGAUUCAAUUCUGUUCAUUUUAAUUUUGUAAAAUAAAAACAAGAAUAUUUUUGUAUUACUUGAGGUCAUUUUCUUUCACUUAUAUAAUAUUUUGCACAGAAAUGUGAUCCAUCAAAUAUACAUAAAAAAACCAAUGGUCAACCACAUAACCAGAUGAUACACGAAAUCUAAAUCUCAGUUUACAUAAAUUACUUUUGGAAGAUUUAAUAGUCGCUAACCUUAGCCUACUCAAAUCUCUUUUCUUCCAUGAAUGAAAAGGUAAAUUUUAAUAGGUUUUAUGCAUUAUUUUGAAAAGUAUUAUGUUUUCUUCUCUAGUUACUAGAGGAGAUGUUUGAGAGUUACACUGGAGUCUAAACGAAGACCGUCUAUCAGCAAACAGAUAAGCAAUGAUUCUCUGGUUCCCCUCAAAAGGGCUGCAACACCCAAAGGUCCAGAAUCUGCCCUCAUGGUGCGCUCAGAGACACAUUUAGAUCUGCAACUGCUUCUGUCUCACCAGAUAUCUCCUAAUUUGGUCCAAAGGGAGGAUUUUUAAAUCCGUGCCGUCUUCAUCGUGCUGCAGUUCUGCAGAGGGACUGGAAGUGAAACGUUUCGUUCUCUAGCUGUUCUUCUGUCUACCAUCCACCAUGGGUGAUGCUCUGAUGGCUGAGUUUGGGAAGGCUGCCCCUUUCCUGAGGAAGUCUGAGAAGGAGCGCCUGGAGGCUCAGACCCGACCGUUUGACAUCAAGACUGAAUGUUUUGUUGUGGAUGAUAAAGUGGAGUACAUAAAAGGACAGAUUGUCAGCAAAGAAGGAAGCAUGGUGACCGUCAAGAAGGAAGACGGCACCACAGUGACGGUGAAGGAUUCGGAUGUUCAUCCCCAGAAUCCACCCAAAUUUGAUAAAAUCGAAGACAUGGCGAUGUUUACGUUCCUCCAUGAGCCGGCAGUGUUGUUUAACCUCAAAGAGCGCUACGCCGCAUGGAUGAUUUACACCUACUCUGGGCUCUUCUGUGUCACCGUCAACCCUUACAAGUGGCUCCCAGUCUAUGACUCGGAGGUGGUGGCAGCCUACCGGGGUAAGAAGAGGAGCGAAGCGCCCCCUCACAUCUUCUCCAUCUCCGAUAACGCCUACCAGUACAUGCUGACCGACAGGGAGAACCAGUCUGUCCUCAUCACCGGAGAAUCUGGUGCAGGAAAAACGGUGAACACUAAGAGGGUCAUCCAGUACUUCGCCAGCAUCGCUGCGGUUGGAGGCGGAGCCAAAAAGGACAGCAGCAAGGGGACUCUGGAGGAUCAAAUCAUCCAGGCAAACCCGGCACUCGAGGCCUUUGGCAAUGCCAAAACGCUGAGAAAUGACAACUCGUCUCGUUUUGGAAAAUUCAUCAGGAUUCACUUUGGCACAAGUGGGAAACUGUCAUCGGCCGACAUCGAGACGUACCUGCUGGAGAAGUCCCGUGUUACAUUCCAGCUUAAGGCUGAGAGGAACUACCACAUCUUCUACCAGAUCCUGUCCAACCAGAAGCCUGAGCUGCUGGAUCUGCUGCUCAUCACCAACAACCCGUACGACUACUGCUACAUCUCCCAAGGAGAGGUAACAGUCGCCUCCAUUAACGACUCUGAGGAGCUUAUGGCCACAGACAGUGCCUUCGAUGUGCUAGGCUUCACUGCUGAGGAGAAAACAGCCGUCUACAAACUGACCGGUGCCAUCAUGCACCACGGCAACAUGAAGUUCAAACAGAAGCAGCGCGAGGAGCAGGCUGAACCGGACAGUACUGAGGCUGCAGAUAAAUCAGCUUACCUAAUGGGGCUGAACUCUGCAGAUCUCAUCAAGGGGCUGUGCCAUCCCAGAGUGAAGGUUGGAAAUGAAUAUGUCACCAAGGGCCAAAGUGUGGAUCAAGUCUACUAUGCCAUCGGUGCACUAGCCAAGUCAGUGUACGAGAAGAUGUUCAGCUGGAUGGUGGUGAGAAUCAACCAGUCGUUGGACACCAAGCAGCACCGUCAGUACUUCAUAGGAGUUCUGGACAUUGCUGGUUUUGAGAUCUUUGAUUUCAACACAUUCGAGCAGCUGUGCAUCAACUACACAAACGAGAAACUGCAACAGUUCUUCAACCAUCACAUGUUUGUCCUGGAACAAGAAGAAUACAAGAAAGAAGGGAUUGAAUGGGAGUUCAUUGACUUUGGGAUGGAUCUCCAGGCCUGUAUUGACCUGAUCGAAAAGCCAUUGGGGAUUCUUUCGAUUCUAGAAGAGGAGUGUAUGUUUCCCAAAGCAAGCGACCAAACUUUUAAGGCUAAGCUCUACGAUAAUCACCUGGGAAAGAACAAGAUGUUUGAGAAGCCGAGGGCAACAAAAGGGAAAUCAGAGGCUCAUUUUGCCCUGGUUCAUUAUGCUGGUACAGUCGACUACAACAUCGGCGGCUGGCUGGUCAAAAACAAAGACCCUCUGAAUGAAACGGUGGUUGGACUUUACCAGAAAUCCUCUCUAAAGCUGCUGAGUCUGCUGUUUUCAAGCUACUCAGGAGCUGAUGGUGGCGAAAAAUCAGGUGGCAAAGGAGCAAAGAAGAAGGGUUCUUCAUUCCAGACAGUGUCUGCUCUCCACAGGGAGAACCUCAACAAGCUGAUGACUAACUUGAAGACCACUCAUCCUCACUUUGUCCGUUGUCUGAUUCCUAAUGAGAGGAAAACUCCAGGCGCCAUGGACAACUGCCUUGUGAUGCACCAGCUUCGCUGCAAUGGCGUCCUGGAAGGCAUCCGGAUCUGCCGGAAGGGUUUCCCAAACCGGGUUCUCUAUGGAGACUUCAAGCAACGCUACCGAAUCUUGAAUGCCUCCGCGAUCCCAGAAGGUCAGUUCAUCGACUGCAAGAAGAGCGCCGAAAAGCUGCUGGGAUCUCUUGACAUCGACCACACCCAGUACAAGUUUGGCCACACAAAAGUCUUCUUCAAAGCCGGCCUGCUGGGGACACUUGAGGAGAUGCGAGAUGAGCAACUCUCUCGGAUCAUCACCAGGAUUCAGGCCAAUGCCAGAGGGAUCCUGAUGAGGGAGAAGUUUGCUAAACUUGUGGAACGCAGGGAUUCCCUGAUGGUCAUUCAGUGGAACCUCCGAUCUUUUCUCGGUGUGAAGAACUGGCCCUGGAUGAAGCUGUUCUUUAAGAUUAAACCGCUUCUGAAGAGCGCAGAGGCCGAGAAGGAGAUGGCCAACAUAAAGGAUGAAUUCAAGAAGGUGAAGGAGGCUCUGGAGAAAUCCGAAGGACGGCGGAAGGAACUCGAAGAGAAAAUAGUGACUCUUCUCCAAGAGAAGAAUGAUUUGACCUUGCAGAUACAGUCUGAACAGGACACUCUGACAGACGCAGAGGAACGGUGUGAACAGCUCAUCAAGAGUAAGAUUCAACUGGAGGCCAAGCUGAAAGAGAUGAAUGAAAGACUGGAGGAUGAAGAGGAGCUGAAUGCAGAUCUUACAGCCAAGAAGCGCAAACUUGAAGAUGAGUGCUCUGAGCUGAAGAAGGACAUCGAUGACCUGGAGCUAACUUUAGCCAAGGUGGAAAAGGAGAAGCAUGCUACAGAGAAUAAGGUGAAAAACCUCAUGGAAGAGAUGGCGUCUCAGGAUGAGAACAUUCUGAAGCUGACCAAAGAGAAAAAGGCACUACAGGAGGCCCACCAGCAGACACUGGAUGACCUUCAAAGUGAAGAGGACAAAGCCAACAGCCUGACUAAAGCUAAGGCAAAACUGGAGCAGCAAGUGGAUGAUCUGGAGGGUUCACUGGAACAAGAGAAGAAGGUCAGGAUGGACCUGGAACGCUCGAGGAGGAAACUCGAAGGCGACUUGAAACUGACCCAGGAGACUCUGAUGGACUUGGAGAAUGACAAGCAGCAGCUGGAGGAGAAACUCAAGAAGAAGGACUUUGAAGUGAGUCAAAUCAUCUCAAGACUGGAGGAUGAGCAGGUUGCCUCAGUUCAGCUCCAGAAGAAGCUGAAAGAAAACCAGGCAAGAAUCGAGGAGCUGGAAGAAGAGCUGGAUGCUGAGCGUGCAGCGCGAGCCAAGGUGGAGAAGCAGCGCUCAGAUCUGUCCCGUGAGUUGGAGGACAUCAGCGAACGUCUGGAGGAGGCCGGCGGAGCCACGUCAGUCCAGGUGGAGAUGAACAAGAAGAGAGAUGCUGAGUUUCAGAAGCUGCGUAGGGAGCUGGAGGAGUCAACCCUCCAUCACGAGGCUACAGCCGCCACGCUGAGGAAGAAACAUGCCGACAGCGUCGCCGAACUGGGGGAGCAAAUAGACAACCUGCAGCGUGUGAAGCAGAAACUGGAGAAGGAGAAGACGGAGCUGAAACUAGAGCUGGACGACUUGGUCUCCAACAUGGAGAGCGUGGUGAAGGCCAAAUCCAACAUAGAGAAGAUGUGCCGCACAAUGGAAGACAAUAUGAACGAAUACAAGAGCAAAUACGAGGAGGUUCAACGGACCACCAAUGACUUGACAACUCAGAAGGCCAAACUACUCACCGAGAACGGAGAGCUGGGGCGCCAGCUGGAGGAGAAGGAGUGCUUGAUUUCACAGCUGACCAGAGGAAAGAACUCGUAUAACCAGCAGGUGGAAGACCUGCGCAGACAACUGGAGGAGGAGGUAAAGGCAAAGAAUGCCCUCGCGCAUGCUUUGCAGUCUGCUCGGCAUGACUGUGACCUGCUGAGGGAACAGUAUGAAGAAGAGCAGGAAGCUAAAGCUGAGCUGCAGAGGGCUUUAUCUAAGUCCAACACGGAGGUUUCAGCGUGGAGAACCAAAUACGAGACAGAUGGAAUCCAGAGAACGGAGGAGCUGGAAGAGGCAAAGAAGAAGUUGGUGCAGAGACUACAGGAAGCCGAAGAGGCCAUCGAGGCUGUGAACGCAAAAUGUUCCUCCCUUGAGAAGACCAAACAUCGCCUCCAAAAUGAGAUUGAAGACCUCAUGCUGGAUCUAGAGAGAUCCAAUGCAGCCUCGGCAGCGCUGGACAAAAAGCAAAGAACCUUUGAUAAGAUCCUCGCAGAGUGGAAGCAGAAGUUUGAGGAGUCGCAGUGUGAACUGGAGGCCUCCCAGAAGGAAGCUCGCUCUCUGAGCACUGAGCUCUUCAAGCUGAAAAAUGCCUACGAGGAAUCCCUGGAUCAACUUGAGACGAUGAAGAGAGAGAACAAGAACCUCCAGGAGGAGAUUUCAGACCUCACCGAACAGCUUGGGGAGGGCGGCCGCAGCGCUCACGAGCUGGAGAAGAUCCGGAAGCAGCUGGAGCAAGAAAAGGCCGAACUCCAGUCGGCGCUGGAAGAGGCAGAAGGCUCGCUGGAGCAUGAAGAGACCAAGAUCCUGCGAGCGCAGAUGGAGUUCAACCAAAUGAAGGCUGACAUUGAGCGUAAACUUUCUGAGAAAGACGAGGAAAUGGAGCAGGCAAAGAGGAACUACCAAAGGAUGCUCGAGUCUCUUCAGUCUUCUCUGGAGUCGGAGACCAGGAGCAGAAAUGAGGCUUUGAGAGUCAAGAAAAAGAUGGAGGGCGACCUCAACGAGAUGGAGAUCCAGCUGAGCCAAGCCAACCGGCAGGCGGCAGACGCCCAGAAGCAGGUCAAGACCCUUCAGGCGUUCCUGAAAGACGCUCAGCUCCAGCUGGACGACACCCAACAUGGCAACGAUGACCUGAGAGAGAACAUCGGUUUGCUGGAGCGCCGGAGUAACCUGAUCCAGGCAGAGCUGGAGGAGGUGAGGGCCGCACUGGAGCAGACAGAAAGAAGUCGCAAGCUAGCAGAACAGGAACUUACCGAUACGACGGAGCGGAUGCAGCUGCUGCACUCCCAAAACACCAGCCUGAUCAACCAGAAGAAGAAACACGAGGCCGACCUGCUGAGCCUGCAAAACGAGUUGGAAGACGCCAUACAGGAGAACCGCAAUGCAGAAGAGAAGGCGAAAAAAGCCAUCACUGAUGCUGCCAUGAUGGCCGAGGAGCUCAAGAAGGAGCAGGACACCAGUGCCCAUCUGGAGCGCAUGAAGAAGAACAUGGAGCAGACCAUCAAGGACCUGCAGCACCGGCUGGACGAAGCCGAGCAGAUCGCCAUGAAGGGCGGCAAGAAGCAGCUCCAGAAGCUGGAGGCUCGCAUCAAAGACCUGGAGAACGAGCUGGAGGCGGAGCAGAAGAGGGGCGGAGAGUCCGUCAAGGCGCUCCGCAAGUACGAGCGCCGCGUCAAGGAGCUCACCUACCAGACGGAGGAGGACCGCAAGAACAUGGCGCGCCUGCAGGACCUGGUGGACAAGCUGCAGCUGAAGGUGAAGUCCUACAAGCACGCAGCCGAGGAGGCGGAGGAGGCGGCCAACGCUAACAUGGCCAAGCUGCGCAAGCUGCAGCAUGAACUGGAGGAGGCCGAGGAGAGAGCAGACAUGGCAGAGUCACAGGUCAACAAGCUGAGAGCCAAAACCCGGGACGGAUCCUCCAAGAAGGGACUGGACGACUGAGCCAGAUGGUUCUGGAUCCAAACCCGCUGCAGCUGAUACUUUGUAACAUGACUGAGUUCUGCUGUUGGUUUCCUCCUUCACAAUGAAAUGAGUUUAUUUUAAGCAAAAAUUUUAGCUUCAAAAUAAUUAAAACUUUCUGAUUUCAUAAAUAUAUCUAUAAAAACAUUAAUUAAUAAUUGACUUUAUUAUUUGUUUGUUCACUUUGAUCAACACUUUUCUAGCUAAGUAGAUCCUUAAAGACAGCUUCACUUAUUGAUUUCCUUUAAAUGAGCCCUUCAAAAUAAAAGUUUGAACAUGAACCUGUCCUGAUGUAACUCUGGGGAAAUGAUAAUAAACACUGAUGAGCACCAA